CUUCUACCUGAGGGACUCACCUGAGCACACCUGGGUACCUGUCCGCACAGGUCUGUGAGUGAGCAGCGGGAUCGAGAGGACCUGCAGUCCGUCAUGGCGGAGUCUCAAAUGCUGUGCAUGGACGACGCGCAUGUGAACGAGAAGAUCCAGGAGUCCCGUCCGGAGUUCUACUACAGCGAGGAGCAGCGCGCCGCGCUCGAGCAGCUGCUGCGGAGCGGCGACGGCGCGUUCAAGAUGCGCCUCAAGGAGGACAACAUCAAGGACUUCCUGUCCGCCAGGGAGGUCCGGUUCCUUCGGAAGACCUUCGCCGAGUACGACUUGAGCAGCGAGUCCGAGUCCGCCGAGCACGACAAGUCCAAGGGGUCGUCGAGUGCGGACUCCGGGGUUCACUCCACGUACUGGCCGGAGAUGUCCGACACCGAGGUCCCAGCUCUGGACAUCGGCUGGCCCGUGACCAGCGGCCUCUAUAAGGGGGUGACCCGGGUCAACGUGUACUCACACCCGCCCAAAGAACCCGGACCGCACAUCAAGGAGGUGGUGAGGAGGCUCAUCCAGGAGGCGCACAAGGUGGUUGCCAUAGUGAUGGACCUGCUGACGGACCUCCAGAUCCUUCAGGACCUGCUGGACGUCUCUUCAAGACGUGGGGUGGCCGUCUACGUUCUGCUGGAGGCCAGAGGAAUGCCACACCUCCUGGAUAUGUGCGCCCGGCUGCAGAUCAACGCCGUGCACCUGAGGAACCUGCGUGUGCGGACAGUGAGGGGUUCAGGACUCCCUCUGUCUUUUGGAAAGCUGCCCGGCUCGCUCUGCUCCAGGUACAUGCUGGUGGACGGAGAGAAAGUCAUGUUCGGGUCGUACAGCUUCACGUGGACUUCCUCUCGGAUGGACCGGAACAUGAUCACCGUGAUGUCGGGACAAAUUGUGGACACGUUUGAUAACGACUUCAGGGAGCUGUACGCCAUCUCUGAACAGGUCGACCUCUACAAGGAGUUCAGUAUCACCAAGCCGCCUAUCCCCGCCCCUAUUAGGAAGCCGACGGUGGAGCCUAUCCGGCCUCUUCCUGUGUCCACGUCCCGCUUUCAGGUCUCUGUGGGAGAGUCCAGACAGACCGACAUGAAGGUGCCGGCACAUAAAUACCACAAUCCAAAGUACUCUUUAGUGUUUGGGAACCGUAUGGGCAUGACAGGUUCCCUACAGGACUUAUCAACCACCAGCGACUCCCUGGUCAGCGGGCUGAACCAGAGGAACGGACUGCAGAACAGCAGGACAGGGGGAGUCUCCCCUCCGAGUCCUGGUCCCCCCUCAGAGGAAGGGGACAAGGACGGGAAGGAAGGCCUGAAGAUGAACAAGGCCGCCGCAUCCAAGAAAGAACGCAGCUCCUUCAGGCACUUUCUGAAAGGCAGAGGAGCCAAUCACGGCACAGACACGAUAGUGGAGGGUGUGGUCACUCCUCCAAACCCGGCCCCCGCCUGCAAAGUGCCAGAGACUAAUGAUGCCAAAAGAAAUGAGCUGGAGGACUCGUUUGAGGUCAUUGAGAAACCAGCCCUACUAAAAACCAAAACAAAGAAACCGCCCAAGGUUAUCCAGAGAAGUAUGUCCCUGCAGACCAUCAACACGGUAGACGACGACAGAUCCAGAGGCCGGCGGCGAAGUCAGAAGAAAAACUGCAUCCAGUCGUGAGCUCAAACCAGCGUACCGGCAGUAUUAAAGUUUUAAAGAGCGCCUGAGGAUCUGUUGGUGAAACCUGCUGAGUCAUGAUCACCGUCCUGUGACAGUGUGUGUCGUCGGUUUGGGCUUAAAGUCCUCAUUAAACUCCUCUCGUGAUAAUCUCAUGUGGUGGAAAAAACGUCAUCACAUUAGUUUGUAUUAAAUUAUUUCUUUAAGUGGUUUCGAUAUUUCCCACUUGUAUGCUUGAACCUGAACACCACACACUAACACAAUUGACCCAGGUUAAGUGGGUGGAUGACAACUCUCCUCACCGUUAUCCAGGUUGCUAUGGAGACAGGAAAGCGUUGAGAUGUGCCGUUGUCCCUGAGCGUCGACUUACAGGAGCACUCGGUGUCAGGAUUCUUAGAGAGUUUAUUGAGGCUGUGGAAAAUGAACGCUGAGCACAGAACUACACGGCUUUUCUUCGUAUCCAGGUGAAACUGACAAAGAUUAAAAUGUGAAGACCACUUGAGAUGAAAAUUUUCAGUUUUGUAGAAGAAAUGUAAAAAAAUACAUUAAAAAAAACAGUGAAACAA